CCACGCAUUGGAGUGGGAGACGGCGUGCACACUCCCGCGCACGUACACACACACACAGGGCCAUGCAGCGAGUGUGUGUCAUGCUGGCAAUGUGUGGGCUGAACCUACCAGCCCUCCACUCAUCCUGCCUCUCUCCCUCUUCGUCUCUAGAUCCUCCUCCUCCUCUUCCUCUUAGUUCUCCAUCAUCUCUUUCUGCUUCUCUCCAUCACUCCUCACCUUUAGUUGAUCAUCAUGGAGAACCAGAUCCUGGUCUUCAGGGAUGGGCAGGGCAGCUUCCACAAUCUGAAACUCUGAGACCUCUCCAUCCCCUGCCGGAUCUCCACACAUCCACCUCAGUUUUCAUACUUCUCGCUUGAAGUCAACCGUUGCCGUUCUCCGAGAGGAGCUUAAAGCGUCCCUCAUAAAAACCUCAUGGUCCAUAAGGGCAGUCAUCCCCCCGUCAACCCGUCCCACGUCAGCGCUGUGACUAAUAUUCACACCAAAACCAUUCAUUGACCCUGGAAGAGACUAAAGCAGAGCCGGACAGCACUGGACUCAGAGGAACCAUCCAAACCGGGCCCAGAAGAGAAGCAUCAGAUCAGUAAAGGCCAGUGGAAAAGUUUGAUGGGACUGCUGACAAAAGCCACAUGCCUCUGAGUCCGGCUGCUGACACCAAACAUGAUCGCCCACGGCAACAGGCGGUUACUAACGGCAACCCGACAGGCUCUGCUGUCGCCAGGGACGACGACGGGGAUGACACGCCCCCUGGAAACAGCAUCGUGGUCCGCAUCGGCAUCCCAGACCUACAGCAGACGAAGUGUUUGCGGUUGGACCCAGAGUUACCAGUUUGGACCAGUAAGCAGAAGGUUCUGGUGACCUUGACUCAGUCUCUGUCGGAUGUUUUGAACUAUGGUCUCUUCCAGCCGGCGUUCAACGGCCGAGCCGGAAAGUUUCUGGAUGAGGAGCGCCUGCUGAAGGAGUAUCCUCUCCCCCCCAUCACUCCCAUCCCUUACCUGGAGUUCCGCUAUAAGAGGAGGGUUUACACGCAGAGUUACGUGGACGAUAAACAGCUGGCCAAGCUGCACACCAAGGCCAACCUGAAGCGCUUCAUGGAACAUGUUCACCAGAAGAACGUGGAGAAGGUCUCCAAAUGGCUGGAAAAAGGUCUGGAUCCAAACUUCCACGACUCUGACAGCGGAGAGUGUCCCCUGACUCUGGCCGUGCAGCUGGAGGACAGCUGCGAGCUCAUCAAGGUUCUGCGCAGCGGAGGAGCCCACCUGGACUUCAGAACCAGAGACGGCAUCACGGCCUUGCACCGGGCCGUCCUCUGCCGGAACAGCACCGCCCUGAUGACUCUGCUGGACCUGGGAGCGUCGCCCGACUACAAGGACAGCAGGGGCCUCACUCCUCUCUACCACUCCGCCAUGGUGGGCGGCGCCCCCUACUGCUGCGAGCUGCUGCUGCAGGACCACGCCAGCAUCGGGAUCACCGACGAAAACGGGUGGCAGGAAAUCCACCAGGCCUGUCGCUACGGCAACGUGCAGCACCUGGAGCACCUGCUGUUCUACGGCGCCGACAUGAGCUCCCAGAAUGCCUCAGGAAACACGGCGCUGCACCUCUGUGCUCUGUACAACCAGGACGGCUGCGCACGAGUGCUGCUGUUCAGAGGAGCCAACAAGGACAUCAAGAACUACAACAACCAGACCGCCUUCCAGGUGGCGAUCAUCGCUGGAAACUUUGAUUUGGCCGAGACCAUCAAGAUCCACAAAUCGUCUGACGUUGUAGUUCCCUUCAGAGAAACGCCCUCCUACACCAAGCGCCGCCGAUUUGGCGCCACCAAGUCGCCGGCGGGAAACGGCCUGUCAUCUCCUCGCUCUCUGAUUCGCUCGGCUAGCGACAAUGCUCUGGAAAGCCCCGCCUCCUCACCUGGCCCCUCCCUCCAGAGCCUGGAGACUCAUCACGACUCGCACACACACUCUCUGCGGCGCCACACACGCCGCCUCAGCCCGAGUGGGGCGGGGCAUGUGGAGAACAGCCCGCCCUCCUCUCCUCCAAUCACCCCCCAGAUGAGGAAGAAGAGGCUGUACAGCGCCGUGCCGGGGCGGACCUUCAUCGCCACUCGCUCCCACGUCCCCCAGGGGCCCGGAGAGAUCCAGCUGCACAGAGGGGAGCGGGUCAAAGUGCUGUCCAUCGGCGAAGGCGGAUUCUGGGAGGGAACCGUCAAAGGUAGAACCGGCUGGUUUCCCGCCGACUGCGUAGAAGAGGUCCAGAUGAGGCAGUUUGACCCCCGACUGGAGACGAGGGAGGACCGCACGAAGAGGCUGUUCAGACACUACACCGUCGGGUCCUACGACAACUACACCUCCUACAGUGACUACGUGAUCGAGGAGAAAAUCGCUGUUCUGCAGAAGAGAGAGAGUGAAGGAUUCGGCUUCGUCCUCAGAGGAGCAAAAGCUGAGACGCCCAUCGAGGAGUUCGCCCCCACGCCAGCCUUUCCCGCCCUCCAGUAUCUGGAGUCAGUCGAUCAGGGGGGCGUGGCUUGGAGGGCGGGGCUAAGGACAGGAGACUUCUUAAUAGAGGUGAACGGCACGGACGUGGUGAAGGUGGGCCACCGCCAGGUGGUCUCUCUGAUCCGGCAGGGAGGAAGCCGCCUCCUGAUGAAGGUCGUUUCUGUUUCCAGGAAGUCAGAAUCAAACCUGAUCCGGAAGAAAGCCCCGCCCCCUCCAAAACGAGCCCCCAGCACCUCGCUGACCCUGAGGUCCAAAUCCAUGACGGCCGACCUGGAGGACAUAGCCAGGAGGAGGCGUUUCGAGAAACUGGACGAGAUGUUGGCUGCAGGUCAACAGGAAGUGGUCCUUCGAGGACGCCCGACCGACGACUUUCGCGCCGCGACCGUCAAACAGCGACCGACCAGCCGGCGCAUCACGCAGGCCGAGAUUAACUCGCUGUUCGAGCGCCAGGGUCUGGUUCCUCCGUCCGCUCCGGAGAAGAGCACCAUGGCGUUACCGCGGGGGAUGUCCAGGACCAAGAGCUUCGGGACGCCGGAGGACGACCGCAUCACUGCUCUGAUCAACGAGAGCCGCUUUCCACGGAGCUCCUCCCUGACGGACAGCUUCAUCCCCCCGCCUCCUCAGACGGCCCCGCCCCCGCCUCCCUCUGCCGCCUCCAUCUCCGCCCUUUAUAUGUUCGACUCCGGCCCUCCCCCCUCUUUUCUGCCGCCGCCUCCACCAGCCAGAGGGGAGGGGCUUACCCGCUCCAGCUUCAAACCCGGGGCAGAACCGAGGCUCCAGGAGCUGUCCGACUCACCGGCGAGAAGCCACGCCCACGCCGAGCGGCAACGGAAAGCCAGGUCAAUGAUCAUCCUCCAGGACACGACGGCGCCGCCACCCGCCAUGCAGGCUGACGGGCACGUGACUCCCGGCGCACACGCACUGCACACCGCCACCCACACGGCGACGCACACUCUCCACACCGCCACACACACCUCCACGCUGUCCCUCCACAGCACAAGCCCCUCCCUCGGCCACUCCCCUCUGUCAAGGCGCCGAGGACGGCCGAUAGAAAACCCUUAUGCCAAUGUGGGGCAACAGGCUCCGCCCACUAAACCUCAGAGGAGGAAGUCCCCGCUGCUGAAGCAACUUCCUGUUGAGGAACAAGGUCUGGGAAUCAGAGACCACGACCCCUCCAAGCCAGAUGGAGGGGGGCCCCCCAGCCCCAGCAGGGCGGAGCUAUACCAGCAGCAGGUCCUGUCGGAGCGCGCUCGGGUCCAGGGCCGCCGCUCCUCCCUUUUCUUGUCGGUGGAGGGCGCGGGGUCAGAUAAUCAGGCCCCGCCCCUCCUGACUCAAAGCCAUUCCAUGGAUGACCUCGGAGAGCUCCCCCCACCCGCCCCGGUCCUGUCGCCUUCGCCAACCCCGCACACCUUCCUUCACCCGCUGACGGGGAAGCCUCUGGACCCGUCCUCGCCACUCGCCCUGGCGCUCGCUGCACGGGAGCGAGCUCUGACCGCCCGCACGCCGAGUCCAGAGCCUCGGACCAAACACGCCUCCGCCUCCACCACCCCCAUCCCCACGCCGGCGGCAAGCCCCGAGGGCCGGCACAAGCGCACGCCCCUGACCACUCCCCAGAGCAGCCCAGAGCCGCGGUCCAAACGCAGCACGCCGCAGAUGAGCCCGGAGCAACGCGCCAAGCGCACCACCCCCCAGACCAGCCCCGAGCUGCGGCACAAGCGGAUGACCCCGCCCCUGUUUCCCGAUGGCCAGGUGGAGCGACCCGAGACAGAGGGAGGAGUCACCUCACCGGCUGCCCCCUCACCAGAGCGAUGGAGGCCCUGCCCUCUGCCAGCGCUGGCCAAUGAGAGCCACUCUCCUCUGAUUGACAGGCGCAGGAGCCUGACGGUGGGCAGCUCAGAGGAAGAGGGCGGGGCUUACACAGUGACCCUCCCGCCCGCCUUGUUGUCGUCCAGUGAUGAGGAGACGAGGGAGGAGCUGCGCAGGAUUGGUCUGGUGACUCCUCCCCCUGCCUUCGCCAGCCCCCCCGCCCCUCCUCCCCCGUCGUCCCUCGCCCUGUUGCCUCGGCGGUCCGGAGAGGGGGGAGGGGAGAGCGGUCCCGAGUCCCUCGGUAAACGAGGCGAUGAGGAGGAGGCGGGUGACGAGCGCCUCCACGAGGGCUCCACGUCCCCCAGCUCCCUCCCUCCCUCCAUCACCCUGGCCUCCCCCUCUGCUCAGACCACCCCCUCCUCUCCGCCUGCCACCCACCCCUCUCCCUCCUCCACCGCCACCUCCCCGUCAGGUCUGAAGCCCCGCCUCCGCUCCCCCAUCGGGCGGGGCCGCUCCGCCCUGCGGGACCCCCUGCUGAAGCAGUCGUCCGACAGUGAACUCCUCCCCUCCGUCGCCUCCGCCUCCUCCCCCUCCUCCCCCCUCUGCUCCUCCCCCACCAGCGGCAGCAGCCGCCAGCCGCGCUACCUGUUCCAGAGGCGGUCCAAGCUGUGGGGGGGCGGGGACGACGAGCGGCGCGGAUUCUACCCGGAGGACGGCGUAGGCCGUCCGGCGGCGCUGGGGGGGCAGGGGUCCGGGUCCGCCGUGGACCUCACGAGCCGCUCGGCGUCGGCGCUGGAGCUGAGCGGCAGAGCCGGGUCCGGGCUGGACCUGGCCAACCGGCUGCAGCUGCUGAACAAGGACAGCCACUCCCUGGGGGAGGAGCCAAGCCCACUGGACCCAGGCCGGCGCUCGCCGGUGGGAGGAGCCAGGUUGUUCUCCAGCCUCGGGGAGCUGCACACCAUCUCCCAGCGAGGAUACGGCGCCAGUUACACGGUCCGACCCGGAAGUCGAUACCCAGUGACCCGCCGAAGCCCCUCCCCCUCCCCUUCCCCCUCUGACAGAUCAAUAGGGCUCGCCUCCUCCCCCGCCCCGGAGAGGCCCGACCUGAGCUCGGGUCGGGGCCUCACCAUCCUGAAGUCGUCCAGCCUCAGCCUCCCGUCAGAACCCAAGGAGGUCCGCUUCGUGAUGCGGAGCGCCAGUGCACGAACCAGAUCCCGCUCUCCUUCCCCGUCACCCCACGCCUCCCCCUGCCCCUCCCCGGUCCUCAGCGGGCCCUUGUUGGCCCUGCGGCCCUGGCGGCAGCGGCCCCUCAGCCUGUGGAACAAGUACGACGUGGGUGACUGGUUGGAGAGCAUGGGCCUGGCCGAACACCGCCAGCGCUUCCAGGAGCACGAGAUCGAGGGCUCGCACCUGCCGGCCCUCACCAAGGACGACUACAUCGAGCUGGGGGUCACCAGACUGGGGCACCGGAUCAACAUCGAGCGGGCCCUCCGGCAGCUGUUGGAGGGGUCCACUUGACCCUCCACCCCCCCACAGUCCCCCUUAGGUAUCUGUGACAGCUUCAGCUCUUUGACCGACGCCCAACCGCAGGACGCCGCCAGCUCUGCGCCCAGUCCGGCGCCGGGGGGGGUCGACACCCAGAGUCCAAACGUCUGAAAUUUGAUUGAUGGAUCGACUGUUCAAGAAUAUCAGACUAAACCCGUCUGAUGCCCUGGCGUCCGCUCGGCUGGACGCAGAGCUCCGCCUCCACCACGCCGCUGAUCAAAGAGCUGAUCUGACUCCUCCUCUUCCUCCUCGUGCCGUUCUGCCUCCUCUGAGGACGUUGAAAGUUGGUGUGACUUAGCGUUUUUCCAAAUAUAACUCACUCUGUGUUGACGAGCGCCUCUGGGACGAACCAGUAAUAAUAACCGCGUGUUGAUGACCGACGUUUUCAUUUCCUUAUGAUUUGACAAUGAGUUGAAUUUCCAGGCCGAGUCGGCGAAGUUUUGGAGUUCACGAUGAAUUGUCGAUGAACGUGACGUGCCGUGCCGUGUGCUUCAGGGAGGGCGCCGCGGGGCUCCGCCCCUCCGGCUCCGACCUGCUUUUCGAGGGCUUACUGUACAUGGUGCUACCUGUUUAAGCCAUCUGUACAGACCACUCCUUCCUUCCUGCAUCUUCCUCAUCUGACCCCCCACUCGAUAACGACCCCCCAUAAGGAUCCGUCCAUCACGCCAUAGACGGAGGUUCCUCCCUGCCAUAGAGGGGACGCUCUUCCCCGCCAUAGGUGGAGUUUCCUCCCACUAAAGGAAGUCGCCGCUUCGAGCUGCUGUCUCAUCGCUAACGACCAGAUUAAGAUCAAAGGAAACGUCCAGAAACCAAAGUGUUUAACUCUUUAACACCAGAGCGCCGCGUGGACGCUUGAAUCGCCGUAACUCUUCAACCGUUUUCGCAUUUAACGCAAUCUUAACGGAUUCUGAAAGCUGAGAAAACCAGUUUAGCACUAAUGUGAACUGAAUGUUGACGAAACCAACAUUGAACUAGAAGAGUUCCAUUACCUGCAAAGAUGCUAAUGUGAAAGCUUUUUGUUCUGAAAACUGUGAUGAAAUUCACUUUUGCAUUACCUUUGAAAAUGCAAAAGCUACUCACAAAAUGUUAAAUUUGUGGGGAAAAAAAACGGAAUUUCCUAAAAAAACAAUGAAAGAGCGCUAAAGUUGACUUAAAUGUCUGAAGAAAUUGUAGUAAAAUUGCUUAAAAAUCACUAAUACAUGCAAAUUUUGCAAAAAUAUUUUAUGUGUUGCUUAAAUAGUAGCUAAAGAACAAAUUAGCCCAAAAAAAGCUAGCUCGUUGCCAAAUA